AUGGAUCCUCAAAAGGAAAACAUUUGGAAAGAAGCUGUGCUGAAGGAAAACAUGAUCAGGUUAAGGUGGUUUCAGCGUAAUCUGAAGAACAAAACUUGCAACCAAACAGUGCAGAAAGUUGGUGAGAAGCAAAGGGGAGUGAAGCUACCCAAAAUCACACAGAAGCCAGAACAGCAUGCCAAACCCUCAAAAACGCCUCCCUCCACAAGACCUCUGAAGAAGAAGGUGGUGGAGGAAGAGGAGGAGACAGCUGCUUAUACGGUGAUGCGACCCCCGUCAGGACACAUCCGACAGGCACUUUAUGAAGGCCUUUCUCAAGAGGAGGCUGGACGCCAUAAAUACCUGCUGCUGAGGAAAGACAAGAGUCCAGAGGAGAAGUAUCUGUAUCCUCUGACCCACAACUGGCUAUAUGGAUGGGGCUUUGGGGAGAUCCAAGCGUGUGGACCCAAAAACGGCCGCCACGCCAUCGUGAGAGAGAGCUUUUUCCGGAUGAACGGCAUCUUCCCCUCCAUCUCCAAAUCAGAUAUUGGUGGAUAA